CAGUUUGGGAAGAGUUUUACUCAGCAGAGUGCUCUCCAAGGACACCAGCGCAUUCAAACAGGAAAGAAGCCGUAUCACUGCUCACAGUGUGGGAAGAGUUUUACUCAGCAGAGUGCUCUCCAACGACACCAGCGUAUUCACACAGGAGAGAAACCGUAUCACUGCUCAGAGUGUGGGAAGAGUUUUAGUCAGCAGAGUGCUCUCCAACGACACCAGCACAUUCACACAGGAGAGAAGCCGUAUCACUGCUCACAGUGUGGAAAGAGUUUUACUCGCCAGAGUGCUCUCCAUCAACACCAGUGCAUUCACUCAGGAGAGAAACCAUAUCGCUGCUCACAGUGUGGGAUGAGUUUUACUCAGCAGAGUGCUCUCCAAUGACACCAGGGCAUUCACGCAGGAGAGAAGCCGUAUCACUGCUCACAGUGUGGAAAGAGUUUUACUCAUCAGAGUGCUCUCCAAACACACCAGCACAUUCACACAGGAGAGAAGCCGUAUCACUGCUCACAGUGCGGAAAGAGUUUUACUCACCUGAGUGCUCUCCACACACACCAGCGCAAUCACUCAGGAGAGAAGCCGUAUCACUGCUCACAGUGUGGAAAGAGUUUUACUCAUCAGAGUCAUCUCCAAACACACCAGCGCAUUCACACAGGAGAGAAGCUGUAUCACUGCUCACAGGGUGGGAAGAGUUUUACUCAGCAGAGUGCUCUCCAACGACACCAGCGCAUUCACACAUGA